AUGACAGACUCGACAAUAAAAAAUAUAGCAACGGUAUCUCCAAUAACUGCUGAAGCUUUAAAACCAGAAGGAAAGUCGCAAGAAAAUCGUAUUAUUAUUAAAGAUUUUAGUUUAAAUACAUCGACUCAUGGUAUUCCAGGUAUUGCACGUAGUGAAAGUAUACCAAAUCGUCUAUUUUGGUCAAUUUCUUUUAUUUCUUUUUUGGGAAUUAUGUUAUAUUUUAUAAAUCAAUCAAUUCUUACAUAUUAUUCCUAUCCAACCCAGACUUUAGUUAGUCUUAGUGAUGAAUGGCCACAAGCUUUUCCAACAGUUACGAUUUGUAAUUAUUCACCAUUUCGUUAUGAUAAAUUUAUUUCAUCUUUUUUAAAUUAUACAAAUCCAUUUAAUUUAACAAAUACAACUGAUACAACAAUAUUUACAGAGCAACAAUCACUUUCUAUUCCUGAUUAUCUUCAAUAUAAACUUAAUCGAAAUGAAUCUUUAACUGAAUUUUAUUAUCCACUUAGUUCAAUGCUAAUUAAAUGUGUUUAUAAUGGUGAAAAUUGUUCAUCUGCAGAUUUUGUUGAAUUUAUCUCACCAACCUAUGCUGUAAGUAUUGUAACUAUGGUUCAUGAUAAUACCCAAUUAUCUCUUAUUGAAAGAGUUGGUAUUCAAAUGGUACCUGGACGAAAACAUAAAUUAGAAUCUAGUAAGAAAACGAAUAGUUUUUUACCAUCACCUUAUACAACAUGUAGUAAAAUUGUUACACCUGGAAUGCAAGCGAUGUUUGAUCAAUUUUCAGUUGCUAUGCAAACAUAUACAUAUGAUCAAUGUGAUUGUGUUAGUCCUUAUCAAUGGUCUGCUCGUUAUAUUAUUCCACAUGGUGCAAAUAAUAUUAUUUAUGCUAAUCUAUGUAAUAUAUCUGAUUCUUGUUAUUCAAAUGCAGCUGAUAGAUUUCAAGGUUCAUUAUCGAUAUCAAAUGAUUAUGCUGCAAAUUGUGGUUUAGAAUGUAAUACAAAUGAAUAUGUUCUUCAAUUAUCUUCUGGAUUAGCUCCAAGUUUAUGGUAUAUGAAUAGUAUUAAAGAAUUUGUUGAAUCAUCAUCUAUUCCAUUACCUUUAAAUUGUCUUGAUAUUGUAUGUGGAUCAACUCUUGUUCAAAGUUAUACACAACAAGCAACACUUCAAUCUGUUGAUCUCAUUUCAAAUAUUGGUGGACAAACUGGACUUUGGAUUGGAAUUAGUUUUCUUUCAUUAAUGGAAUUUGCUGAAAUGAUCUUUAGACUUAUUCGACGGCAAGUUUAUCUUAUUAAAGAUAAAAUACAAAAAAGAAGAAAUAUUUAUGACACAAAACUAUAA